AGGGCAGAAAGUAAAUUUUGAAAAUAGAACUUUGAUUUUGAUUUGAAUUGAAUUGAAUGUUACCAAUGAUGGCCCAUGGAAUUAGUAGGAUCCCUACUAAUUCCAUGGUUUUGCCUCGAACAAUCGGUGAAUGUUUUUGAGGAUGUGUGUAUGAAUAUUUGUUACUCUUUCAGGAAAAAUCUACUGGAUAGUUAUGAAAUUUGAUAGGUACACUGGUGGAACAUAAUCUGAAUUAAUACAGGGUACUUUGUACCUAUACAGAAAUUCCCACAGGAGCGAAGCCCCGGGGCGCAGCUAGUUUUAACUAAGUUUACAUUUUUUAUUUCUACUUGAUUUUUUAUUAAAAUACAAUAUUGUUACGUAGUGGUCGAUUUAAAUAUUUAACACUGUAUAUGUAAAAAUCACGAGUCUUUUGCCGACCAAGAAGGGCGGGCAACAUAGCUUAUUUUAAGUUUUUAUUCCAUGUAGGUAACAUAACUCUAUAUGGCUUUAAUACCUAAUAAUCAGUUCGAUUGUUGUCAUAAGUGUCAAACCGUCAUGUUUUUAUGCCAGUCAACAUUUUUAUAACAAUCAAAAUUUACAUUUUAAUAACAUCAGCUUAGUUUUUGCAAAAGUAACCCAAAUAUGUUUGCUCAACGACUGACAAGAUUGUUUGUUCGAGCACCUUCACGCACCCUCUACGUACCGACAGCAAUUUAUGCGAAACACACACCAGGGUGUCCUGCGACUAAAGGUAAAGGAGCCAAGGGGGGAGGGACGGCAAAAGGUGAAUUGAAACGACGCGAAUACUCCGACAAAGUCCGUUUAGCAUUUAUGCCCGAGGAAUGGUUUCUGUUUUUCCAUUCAAAAACCGGAGUCUCUGGACCCUAUAUUUUUGGCUUGGGCGUCCUAAACUAUUUAUUCAGUAAAGAAAUUUAUGUUAUGGAACAUGAAUUUUACUUGGGUCUAUCAAUAGCCAUAGUUAUAAGCUUAGUGCAUAAAAAUCUUGGGCCAGGCAUUGGUGCGAGUUUGGACAAAGAUGUUGACGAUUAUGUUGCUGAUAUGGAAAAGGGUAGAAACGAGCAAAGGGCGAUGUAUGAAGAAAUAAUAAAAUCUGCAAAGGAUGCCCAAUGGAGAGCCGAAGGACAGAAACUAUUAAUGGAUGCUAAAAAGGAGAAUAUUGCGAUGCAACUAGAAGCUAUUUAUAGGGAGAGAAUGAUGCAUGUUUACAAGAUGGUCAAAGGUCGCAUGGACUACCACUUGAAGAGAUACCAAGCGGAGGCUAGAAUACACCAGAAAUGGAUGCUUGGGUGGAUACUAGAAAAUGUACGGAAGUCUAUAACACCAGAAUUUGAGAAACAAGCUUUAGACAGAGCUAUUCAAGAUUUGGCUACCGCUGCUAGCCAGGCAAAACAAUAAAUUGUAAAAUUAUAUGUAGAGGUACAUGUGUUAUAUGGUUAAUGUACAGACUUCUUUAGAUAGCAAUGCUAAGUUUGUUAUCUUUAAGGAAAUGUGUAGAUAGAACAGGCUUUGCGUUAUAUUCAAAAUUAUUGUAUGAAAAUUGAAUUUAUUUUAUUUCACAUAUUAGUGAAUAAAAGGAUUUAAAAUACAAUAAAA